AUGGCUUCGGAAGAUACAGUCCCUCAUAUUGUUGCGAUCGAGGCUAUACAUUGCCCAAUUCCGACCUUUGAUAUUCCCCACACGCGCGCAAUAUAUGAAUGGACGCAGGAAUCCCAGCUGCAAGAGCGGAUAAAAGAUGCCACGGUUAUCAUCACCACUACUAUUCAUCUCUCUGCGCGAGAUUUAAGCCCAGAAGUCACACCUAAGCUUAAGCUUAUUGUCGCGAUGGCUGUCGGCACAAAUCACAUCGACAAGGUCGCGGCUAGGGAACGCGGGAUUCCAGUGUGCAAUUGCCCCGCGUCUAACCUUGAGAGUGUCAGCGAACAUGCGAUCGGUCUGUACUUUUCUGCGCGCCGAAAAUUGGUUUCUCUGCACCAGGCAACUACCAGGGUACUUCCCGCUCCAGUUUCCGAAACCGAGUGGAAGGCCAAUGGCUCUUUGCGGACUCGGCUCCAUAUGUCGGAUGGAAAGCCUCCAUUAUUAUGUCACGAGGAGACUAUGGGCAUAUUUGGGUAUGGAGGUUUAGGGAAACGGAUUGCUCAAAUGGCCGGGGCGCUCGGCAUGACUGUUUUAGUUGCGGAGCGAAAGGGCCACCCGCCUCGAGAGAACCGAAUAGCUUUCGAUGAAGUCUUGCGAAAAUGCACUGUCCUUGUCAUGUGUCUGCCUAGAAACCCUGAGACAGAGAACCUCAUCUCUUCAACUGAAUUUGGUAUCAUGCGUCCCGAAGCUUUGCUUGUCAACGUGGCCCGAGGUGGUAUUGUCGAUGAAGCAGCUUUAUUAGCUGCUCUGAAGGAGGGUCGGAUUUCCGGAGCUGCCACGGAUGUCUUCAAUACCGAGCCGGCUGGCAAGGCGGAUUCACCAUUGCUCGGCCCCGAGACAGAAGGCCUAAAUUUGAUCCUGACGCCACAUUUGGCAUGGUACGCAGAGCGUACUUUGUUGAACUACCGGAUUGGAAUGAAAGCUGCCAUUGAAAAAUGGUAUGGCGGAGAGAUUGUUAACGAGGUCCAACCAUGA